AUGGCCGACUCCCUAAUCCUUUCCGAUGGCAGAGUUGUCAAUGUAUCUAGUGAAAUUAAAGUUGAGCCUGUGAAGGAGAAGUUCAUGCCUAAGCGGCCUCGAGACGUUUUCGCACAUAUUGGAGCAGAGAGAAUCGUUAACAUUUGGGGAUCAGCCUCUGGUGCCGGCAGUGAUUUCUUCGAUAUUUAUCGCAAACAUAGGGCCAGGGAGAUGGACAGAGUUGAACAGCUGGAGAAAGAUUUUCAGGAGAGUCUGGAAAACAAGAUCUUCCAAGCCAAAAGAGAGGAAAGGAUUAAUAAACUAUUGGCAAAAACGGCUAAGAAACGUUAUAAGAGGAAAAGGCGGGAGAUGAAGAAAAAAGGAUUAUUAACAGAUAACAUACGUGAGGAACACAAUGAACAAUCUCCAGAUGGUGAGGAAGAUUAUCAUGAAUCAACCGAAGAAACUAGUAUUGGGAAUGUUGAAAUGACGCUACCUGAAAAAAUAAUUCAAACGAAAAGGCCCUCGACUAUCACUGUCGAAGCCGAUCCAGACUUCUAG